CAUCUCCUCUCUACGCUGCUCUCCCAUCUCCCUCUCUCGGCGACUGGGCUUUGGCCAAGGGGACGCUGCCAGCCGGCGGUGGUCGUUGUCAGGCGCCAGCCGCCACUUCCAGGCACCGAUGGCUGCGGUUGGCCAUGGCCUAGCCGAGACUGGUGCAUCCAGGCGGGAGUGGUCGCGGCUAGCAGUGGCUUGGCGCAGUCUAGCCACUGCCAGGUGCUGGCUGACCGACUCUGGCCGCCGGCGCAGGCCUAGCGAUGUCUGGCCGCCGUCGUGUGUAUGGCCAACUCUGGCCCAUGUCGCGUUGCUGGCCCGCGUCGCGUCGCUGGCCCGCGUCGCGUCGCUGGCAGUGCCUGGCUUAAGCUGGCAGCAUGAGGUGGAAUACCUUCCUGUUGUCUUUCCAGAUGAGAGCAAACAACAAAACAUAGUAAAAUUUUCAGAUAGGGUCUCAAUUUGCCGUGAACUCAAUGUAGUUGAAGACAGCCGUAUUUGUUCACCUCUUUUCGAUAUUCCUAAGUUCAUUAAUAUACAUUUACUGAUCUGUAUAUAAAGGUUGGUGAGGCAAAAUAUAUGUCAGAGAAAAAAGAAAAGAAGAUUUGAGGGGGAAGAAAGCUUUUGUGGCAUAAGAAGAUGACUUGAUGUAUCUUAGUUUGUUUAACUUCUUGGAUUGAUGGACUUGUUUAAGUUUUGGGGUGUUGAACUUGUAUAAUAUUUUCGAGUAGCUUGAAGAAGACAGAUCUUGUAUAACUUGUUGAGACCUUUAUAUUUGUUGAAUUAUGAGUUGAAUUCAAUUAUUAAUA